AUGGCACAAAUACAGACGCAAGUACAACCCGACAUCGAGCUUGACAGCGCCCGGUUCCCACGUCAGGGCUCGGGUGCAAGCGAUCACGAAGCAACAUGGCACAAUGGCACGGAGACAGAGAUCGAACAGCCUCCACUGCCACCGACGGACACCGGGAAAGCAGCAUGGCUUGUGCUAGCUGGCUCAUCUCUAAUCCAAGCACCCGUCUGGGGCUUCUCUUUGGCAUUUGGUGUCUUCCAGGAGUACUACGGGAGCCAUCCGGAUGAGCUCGAUGGUGAUACGUCGAACGUGGCUGUUAUUGGGACGACGGUGACGGGAAUUAUGUAUCUCAUGUCACCCUUCACCUUCGCCAUCCUAUGUCGCUGGCCUCGUCUCCGUCGCUGGUUCGGUCCCAUCGGACUCUUCCUUACGGCCGUAGGCUUCCUCUUGUCAAGCUUCUCAAAACAAGUCUGGCAACUGGUCGCUACGCAGGGUGUCAUUUCCGCUCUGGGGUGCGGCCUGCUUUUUACGCCAACGACUUUGUACCUGGAUGAGUGGUUCGUCCGCCGAAAGGGGCUCGCGAUGGGCGUCAUGUGGGCCGGGAAAUCCGCGACCGGCGUUGUUCUGCCGUUCGCUGCGGAUGCUAGUCUAAAGAGGUUUGGACCUGCGAUCACGCUUCAAGCGUGGAGCGUUAUCACUGUCCUCACGACAGUGCCUCUCCUCUACUCUCUCCGCCCCCGCAUCCCGCUCCCGCAAUCCGCAACCAUCCGCCGCAUAGACACCUCCUUCAUCCGGCUCCCCGCCUUCUGGAUGCUCCAAAUAGGCAACAUCCUGCAAUCAUUUGGCUAUUUCCUCCCCUACACAUACAUUUCCUCGUACACCGUUCAACAGCUGCACCACAGUUCCACCGUGGGCACGCUGGUCCUCGCGCUCAUCAACGUAACCUCGGUGCCUGGCGGCAUCGUGAUGGGCAGCCUAGGCGACCACGUUGGAGUCACGACGACGAUUCUAGUCUCCACGCUCGGAUCCGCACUCGCUGUCUUUUUCUUCUGGGGCUUUUCGAGCCAGGUGCCGCUUGUGGCUGCUUUUUCAGUCACGUAUGGCUUCUUUGCUGGGGGCUUUAGUUCGACCUGGAGCGGCGUGCUUACUGAGCUUAAAGCGCAGUCUCCGGCGCUGGAUACGGGAUUUAUCUUUGGCCUGUUAGCUGGUGGAAGGGGGAUAGGGAAUGCGAUUAGUGGGCCGCUGAGUGUGGCGCUGGUUACGCAUGAUGGGUGGUUGAAAGAUGGGAGGGAUUGGGGGUUUAAUGGGCAGUACGGUGGCAUUAUUCUUUUCACGGGCGCGACUGCAUUGCUCGGGGGAUGGGGAGCCCUUGGAAAGCUGUGCUAUUGA